AUGGCUGCACUGUUCCUGUGUCAACCAGCCCUUUUGGAAACCACACGUUGCUAUGAUUUUAAUGCUUAUUUCCUACUGGAACAAAUCACCACCACGGGGAGAACAGGAGAUGCUGUGAGCCCCGUCGGACCGUCACUGCCUUGCCGUGCCUGCGUUCCCUCCCCCGGGGGCGGCCCCGGCUGGCGGCUGUGGACGCGGGGCGCUCCCGGAGCUCUGCAGCCGGAGACAGGCGCUGCCCUGCGGGAGGGACACGAGGAGCGGAGCAGUGGAAGGCACCUGGGGACAGGCACAGCCCUCGCAGCGUCCUGCGCACCGCCAGCCCCGCGGGGAGCCAGCCAAGCUGGGAGGGCGCCAGGGCUUCCCUGCAGCCCCGAUUUCAGAGCGGCGGAAGGGAGCCCUCGGAGAGCCGCCCACCCCUCUCAAACAGCAGAGCUGGCGCGAUCAUCCCCGUGGGUCCUUUCCGCGGAAUAUUCUGCGGUUCUGCGAAAGCGCUGGCGCUCGCUGCUGGGCCGGGGCAGGCGCAGGCACAGCCGGGCUGGCGCUGCUCCCGCGGAGGCUGAGGGCUCGCUCCGUGCGGCAGCUCCCGGUGCCAGGCCGGGACAGCCCGCGGCCCGGCCGCACACAGCGUCUCCAUGGCACCCCCGGAAGCGGCGCCAUUGGCGGCGCCGGCGGAAGCGGCCGGGCCCCGGGCGGGCGGACUCGGGGCAGGAGCGGCGGGACGCGCUGCGGGAGGAGCUGCUGCUGAGCCCGCUGCCCACCGGCGAUGUGGCCGCCACCUUCCAGUUCCGCACGCGCUGGGACGCGGACCUGCAGCGGGGCGCAGUCUCUCACUACAGGCUCUUCCCCAAGGCGCUGGGGCGGCUGGUGGCAGCGCUGGGCGUGCGGGAGCUCCACCUCGCGCUCACCCAGGGCUUCUGGCGCACCCGCUACUGGGGGCAGCCGCCCCUGCAGGCACCCGCUGGCGCUGAGCUCUGGGUCUGGUUCCAGCCCACGGUCACCGAUGUUGACAAAGCCUGGAAAGAACUGAGUAACAUCCUUUCGGGAAUAUUCUGUGCUUCUCUCAACUUCAUUGACUCGACCAACACAGUGAUUCCAACAGCAUCCUUCAAACCCCUGGGUUUAGCCAAUGGGACAGAUCACCAUCUCCUGCGUUACGCUGUCCUGCCCCGGGAAGUCGUCUGCACAGAGAACCUCACCCCCUGGAAGAAGCUGCUGCCAUGUGGCUCAAAGGCCGGGCUGGCUGUGCUGCUGAAGGCUGAGCGCUUGUUCCACAGCAGCUACCACUCCCAGGCAGUGCACAUCCGCCCCAUCUGCAGGGAUGCCUCCUGCCUGGCUGUGUCCUGGGAGCUCAGACAGACCCUCACUGUGGUCUUUGACUUCUUUUCCAGUGGCCAGGGAAAGAAAGACUGGUCCCUCUUUAAGAUGUUCUCUCGCACGCUGACUGACACGUGUCCUCUGGCCUCGCAGAGCAAAGUCUAUGUUGACAUUUCCCCUAAGAACAAGGAAAAGGAGCUACUGGAAGUGUCCCCCCCUCCAACAUCAGUACAUGAAGCUGUUGUCCAGGGAGACAAGAAAACCUAUGCUGUGUAUGACCUGCUGAGCCCCUCGCUCUUCAACACAUCUCGCAGCCUCAAUGUGCAGCUGAAGUGGAAGCGGCCCCAAGACAGCUCGGAAAUGCCCAUCCCCACUCUCCAUGCUCAGCGGUACGUGGGGGGGUACGGGCUGCAGACCGGGCAGAUCUGCACCCUCAUCUACAACACCCACCCCUACCGAGCGUUCCCCGUGAUCCUGCUGGAGACUGUGCCCUGGUACCUGCGGCUCUACGUGCACACCCUGACUAUCAUCACCAAAGGGAAGGAAAACAAGCCCAGUUACAUCCACUACCAGCCAGCCCAGGACCGGAGACGGCCUCACCUCUUGGAAAUGCUGAUCCAGCUGCCAGCCAACUCUGUCACAAAGAUCACAAUCCAGUUUGAGAGGGCCUUACUGAAGUGGACAGAGUACCCACCUGACCCCAAUCACGGCUUUUAUGUCGGUUCAUCUGUGCUCAGUGCCCUGGUGCCCAGUGUCACUGCAAUGAAGGACAUGGAUGUGGAGCAGAGCCCUCUCUUCACCUCGCUGUUUCCUUCCUCCGAUGGCUCCAGCUAUUUUGUGCGCCUGUACACGGAGCCACUGCUGGUGAACCUGCCAACACCAGACUUCAGCAUGCCCUACAACGUCAUCUGCCUCACCUGCACCGUGGUGGCCGUGUGCUACGGCUCCUUCUACAACCUGCUGACCAGAACGUUCCACGUGGAGGAGCCCAGCCGGGGCGGGCUGGCCAAGCGGCUGGCCAACGUCAUCCGAAAAUUCAGGGGGGUGCCCCCACUCUGAGAGGGGCCAGGGCAGCCAGCACUGCCUGCAGGGCUCUGUGGGGAGACAGACAGCAGAGCACUGCUGCCUCUUGUCUUGCUGGAAGCAGCUUGUUUCGUUUUGCUGCCAGGAAUUCUCUUUGGGAUCCAAUAAGCUGAGAGAUCACUUCCAUUGCUAAGAUGGGAAAUGGCUCUAAGCCCAUUGACUACUGAACUGCACUGCUGUGGGACGGGGAAAAGUAAAAGACUUCUGUUUGGGAGAGGUGUAACUUACAUGCUGGGAAUGGUGCUGGAAGUAAACUGGAGUGUUUUGUA